AUGGCUCCCAUUACUAGAAAGUUCAUCAAGAUCAACUUUGUGAGCAUACCUCCCGAGCUUAAAGAAUUAGUCUCAGAAGUCCCCAAAAAUUCCCGAUUCGCUGAAAGACAUGGUUGCCUACUCAGAUUGGUCUCCUCAGAUUUUGAAGAAGAUAUGAUGAGGGUCUUAUUCCAGUUCUUCGAUCCUGUGCAUCGUUGUUUCACUUUUCCCGACUAUCAGUUGGUGCCUACCCUGGAAGAAUUUUCUGAGUUGCUUUGCUUACCCAUCCGAGAUCAGUUGCCCUUCACAGGUUUGGAGGACGUUCCAAAACCUGAAGUCAUGGCAAGCGCGCUACAUAUAGAAAAAUCAGAAGUUGACUCUAAUUGGGAAACAAAGAGUGGAGUCGAAGGCUUUCUCGCCAAAUUCCUAUUGAAGAAGGCUCGAUCAUUCCUAAAGGCCAUGAGUUAUCAAGCUUUUGAAGAUGUGUUAGCUUUAUUAAUCUACGGGUUAGUACUAUUCCCUAAUCCUGACCAGUUCGUUGAUAUGCAUGCUAUCACAAUAUUUCUAGCUCGCAACCCGGUACCUACCUUACUCGGAGACAUUUUACAUUCGCUUUACACUCGUACCAACAAGAAACGAGGAACUCUCAUGUGCUGCAUACCUUUACUUUCUAGGUGGUUUAUUUCGCACCUUCCCCGAUCGGUAUUGAGGAAUGAACAAAGGAUGCAAUGGUCACAAAGGAUGAUGUCACUCUCUCAUUCGGAUAUUCAUUGGUGCACUCGAUCUGACAAGGAUUUCACUAUUAUCGAUCGCUGUGGGGAAUUCCCUAACGUGCCACUCCUUGGCAUUAGGGGAGGUAUCACUUACAAUCCUUCAUUAGCUUUGCGUCAGUUUGGUUAUGCUCGAAGAAAUGGUCCUCAUGACAUGAUCAUCAAGGGUUAUGCGUUUGAUUAUGAAGACGAUCCUCAGAAUUACCGACGAAGUUUCAUACGUGCGUGGGACAAAGUAUAUAAGUAUGAUAGCAAGGAGUUGGGCCAGAAAAACUCUAUUCCUCUUGAGCCUUACCUCAAAUGGGUGCGCACUCGUGCUCAAAAGUUUAUUAUGCCAUACCCUGCUGUCAGACCUGUGAUUAUUGAGCCUGAAUUUGAGGGAGAUGUCCCUCAGGUUAUUCUUCAUCCAGACAUGCCUACCGAUCUUGAGGAGCUGAAGAGAUCUUGGAUCCAGUUGAAGGAAGAAAGGGACACCUUUGAAGCUCAAUUUCGCGCCAAAGAGAGGAAAGUAUUAGAGCUCACAAAGCAACUUCAGGACGAGCAAAGCAUCAACACGUUCCUUGGUGCAAAGCGAAAGCGUCCAUGGGAGACUUGA